AUGAUCUGGUUGUCGUCCGCUAGGAACCGUGAAGGUGUAAAAGGUAAGGCCAGGGUUGAAGGAGGAAAUCUUCCAAGAAAGCGCGCCCGCGAUGACAACGACAACAAUGGUGAAGGCAUUCACAUCCGUCCUCGCAAGAGGCGCAGAAGUGGAGAUAGCUGGUGGGUCAUCGAACAAUGUACAUGGCUCUUUUGUUGUAUUGAAUUUUUAUUGCAUUUCAACGAUACACCAGCAGCGAUAGGCGAGGACGAACGAAACAGGAUCAGUCAAGAGGGAAGAGAACAACAAUUCAUGGAGCAUCCAAAUUAUAUCACAGUAGGAGGUAGAAGAGUAUACGUUGCAGACGCAGGCUUCAACGUCAUACCGCACAGUGGCACUGGAGCAGUGCGCCCAAACUCGGAAAUCGAAGGACAACCAAAGACAGCAACCCCAACAUGGCCGCCGAAGAGCUAUCCAUACGCCGGAGAUCCCGUGGCGGAUCCGGAAUGCGAAAGUCCGGAGACACCGCCAGGAAUGGAGGAUGAGUGCACGCAGACGACACCCCCGCCUUCUGAUUCUGAUGGCGAAGACGACGACAUGCCCGCACCUGAUGUGGUGGCAGGUGGCAUUCAUUCUUCGCCACCUACAAAGACGCAAGCUGGUGGGCAUAUAGUCGUGCUUCCGGGGGACGGUACGCAUUUUACUGGACCACUGAUUAGACAGCAGCCUAUGCUGCGAAAAGAUAAUAAGGGCCGUUUUUGGGAUAAGGAGGACCGCCUAGUGGAUAGCCGCGGCCGCUUGAUCAAUGAGAGUGGCCAGCUUAUAGAUGAGCAAGGACGUAUUCCUCAUCAUCUCUUGAGGGAUGAUCCUCCGCCGCAGCCUUUCGCAUCAAUACCACCACGAAGGGAUUCGCAGGGCCGUCUUUUGCAUGAGCAAGGCUAUUUUGUCAAGGAGGAGGCUCACCUUGUCAAUAGCAAUGGCCAACUAGUUGAUGACAAAGGCCAACUCGUGGAUGAGCAUGGACGGAUCCCCGCCCAUCUGUUCGAGGAUGAUCGGCCCAUUCCAAAGAGGCCACCUAGAUUACCGGAAGCUCCAACCUCUAGACCACCACAAGUUCCGUCUAAGCCACCACAAGUUCCGCCGCAGCCAUCUGCAUCAGCACCAUCGCGGAGGGAUGAGCAGGGCCGUCUUCUGGGUGAAGAUGUUUGUCCGGUGAACGAUCAGGGGCAUCUGGUGAACGAGCGAGGCCUUCAUGUAGAUGAACAGGGAAGAUUAGUGGACGGGCUAGGUCGUCUCAUAAAUGCGCUUGGGCAGCUUGUGAAUACGAAAGGUCAGCUUGUGAAUACGAAAGGUCAGCUUGUGGAUGCGUAUGGAUCCCGGAUGAUUGAAGAAACACCUGCAGAUAAGCCUCUUCCGCCAGGUGUCAAUAAAUUGAACUCUGAUGCUUGGCGCGAGAAUUUUAAAGAGAUGGGCAACCAGUGGGUUAAGACAGCUUCUUCACCAUCUCCGAUAACGACGAGCACAGCCGUGGGACCAACUGGACCAAGUAACUCCCCAGCGGAUCCAACGAGUUUUCUGGACAGACUCCCUAGUCAACAGCAACAGCCUGGCGGACGUCUUCCAGCUGGUUUCGACGACGCGGAGGAAGGUGAAGAUCCGACAACACGUACAAGGGGAAGAGACAGGCAAUACCGACCGCUACCACCCAACGACUACGUUAUCAGAGGUAGUUCCCUCGGACGUUAUGGCCUCCCGCUCGCCCCAGAUAUGGUCGUCCAAGACGAAGAGCGUCCAGUACCCCCUCUUGGAGAAAAAUACAUGGACCGCUUCACCUUCCCACCCAGGAAAUGCGCCAUCACACAGCACGACGAACCCUGUAACGAAAUCUUCACUAACGGCCGCGCGUUGCGCGAACACCAGCUCACUCACGAUUACAUGAUGUCUGGUGGUGCUGGUCCGGGCGGGACCAUCGACCCGGAGACAGAAGAUCAGUUCUCUUUACCGGAGGGCGAGGCGGAUAGGUUAUUGCGGGAGCGACAGGUUAGGAAGAUGAUUGUCUACAAGGGGACAGCGCUGCAGAAAGCGGCAUUGGAAAAUUACUGGGAGGCGAAGGAAACGAAGGAGGCGGAAGAGAGAGCUGGAAAGGCGAAGGAGCGAGCGGAGGCGCCUUUGACGGAGGAAGAUUUUCUUCCUGAAAAAAUGACGCAGGAAGAGUUUGAGAAGUCUUUGGAUGAGUUGCCGUCUCCAGAUGCGUCUGAGGAGGGGUUGACAGAGGAGCAGCAGGCAGAGUUCGACGGAUUUUUAGAUGGGGUGGACGUCCAGGAGGGCUUGUUGGAGGAGCAGGCGAAUGGGAAAGGGCAGCUGGACCCGUUUCUUACGGUUUUCUCGGACGAAGAGCUCCAAAGGUGGGCUGAGGAGGAGAAUGACAUGGAGUAUCCGGACCCGUAUGCAUGA